GGGGCGAUGCGCCUGGCACAUCGACCGACGUGCGCGUCUGCAGUAGCAGCAGCAGCAGCAGCAGCAAGUAGUGCAUCGCGCGUCGCACUAUCGCGUUCAUUUCCCGUCGUCGCCGCCGCCGCCGCCGCCGUCGUCGUCGUCGUCGUCGUCGUCGUCGUCGUCAUCCCCGUCGUCAUCGGUGCCGGACUCGCUGGAACGACGACGCUCGCACGCGAGCGCGUCGCCGCGGCCUCGAGAUGAGAGACGUGUGACCGAAGGAGGACCGAUCGCCAGCCGAGGAGGCAUGGCUAGCAGCACGGAGGACUACGGUUCCGAGCUGCAGGAGUUGCAGUGGGGUGGCGGCGGCACCACCACCGGAAGCGGCGCCGCGCACUUCCUGCGCGGCGGCGGUUCUCACUACCUGCGGAGCGGCACCGGCGGCUGCUACGAGGCCGAGGACCUCGAGUCGUCCAGCACCGCCGGCCGUCAUCAUGGCGGUCAGCAUCGCGGCUACUACAGUCCACCCGGCACCAGCUACACCAUCGUCGAGAGGCCGCCGAGCGCGCCCCAUCAUCACUCGUCGCACGCCACCCCAUACAGAUCCCACCGGGGUCACGGAACCACCGGUGGAGGAGGAGGAGGAGGAGGAGGAGGAGGAGGUGGCGGCGGCGGCACGGGUGCCAUCUCCCCGGAACAGGUGCUCAGAUUAUUCGGUAGCAACAUCUCGGAACGGCGUCAGGGCGAUCGUAGAUCGCCGGCGUCCAGCCCGGCGAGCGUGACAGCUGCACGUGGCACGCCGAUCUCCGGUGGCUCGCAGCAACAGCAAUCGCAGCAGCAACAGCAGCAGCAAACCAACGCCGGCAAUCCGCCCACGUCGCCGAUCGCGCAGCCGCUCAGUCUCCAGGAGCUCACCGUAAGGACAAUCACCAUGACGAGAGAUCCGCCGGACUCUCACCAUGGCUUUGGCAUCUGCGUGAAGGGUGGCAAGGACGCAGGUGAGAUCCGAAAUACCUUCAGGCUACCCCCGUCGCCGUACUUCGUGCCUCGAGAACGAGGGGUGGGUGUCUACAUUUCGAGGGUGGAGGAGGGUUCGGUGGCCGAACGAGCUGGACUCAGGCCAGGAGACACUAUCUUGGAGGUUAACGGCACACCCUUCCGCGCGGUCACUCACGAGGAGGCCCUCAAAAUGCUGAAGUCCUGCAGGACCUUGAGCAUGACCGUGCGGGGGCCCGCACUGGACCCCCGCUGCCGGGGCGGUCACCCCGUCUGGUCGGCGUCGGGUCGGCAGCAGUCCUGCAGCUGGAUGGAUCGCCAAGGUCGUCCAGCGUCCCCGCCACCCCUUCAUCCACCCCGCGAUUCUCGCUACGCUCCGAGGACGCGAAAGGUCGAAUUGUGCAUCGAACCCGGCCAGUCCUUGGGCCUGAUGAUCCGGGGUGGCCUCGAAUACGGCCUUGGAAUUUACGUCACGGGCGUCGACAAGGACAGCGUCGCCGAUCGCGCCGGCCUCCUCGUGGGCGAUCAAAUCAUCGAGGUGAACGGGCAAAAUUUCGAGGAGGCCACGCACGACGAAGCUGUCCAGAUAUUGAAGACUAACAAGAGGAUGAGUUUAUUGAUACGCGAUGUCGGCAAGGUUCCCCAUUCCUGUACCACCAGUCAACCUAUAGUGAUCCCGCCGACCGCCCGUUAUCCCGAGCACGAUCCUUUGCUAGAGAGCCCCGGGAAUCAUCGACCACCUAGUCCCGCGAGUAGCACAAACGAGUGGAGACAUCGAAGUGGCUUUCAUACAGUUUCGGCGGCCACCGCCGCCAUGGUGGAGGAGAAGGCAAGAGUCGUCCUUGCCAGGAGCGAGAGAGCCGCACUCUCUCAACUUCUGGCGGACUACAGGACGCGGAGGCUGACGAUAGAGGAACUAGUCGUCAGUCUGGCCGAUUUGCUCAACACCCAUGAGAAGCUGACACUACUGACAGAGCUUAGGGAGCUCAUCGACAACAAGGACAAAUCGGCCUUCGACGAUCUCGUCUAUCGACCCCGAAUAGCCAGGAGAAAAGGCGACCGCGCUCACUCGGAUUUGAUAGUGACUCCCUCGCUGCACGAUCUUCCGGGAAAGGGCGCACGGCAUGACAGGACAUCUGAUGAUUUCUCACAGAGGGGUGUGCCCGGUUGCCGUCCGGGACGACUGGUGGACGUCGAGGGAGACCCCCUAGGAGUGACGGGCCCUCUUCUACCGCGGGAUAGCCAGGAGUAUAGAUCGCCAAGCGAGGACAGCGGUCUCGGGGCCGACAUGCCCAGGACCAGAGUGGGCUGCAGGAGGGCGCAGCAGCACCAAGUGACGACCUCCGACCUCGCCCUCUCCAACGAUGACGAGUGCGACAAUCAGGAUUACGAUGACGAGAUCGAGAACGGACGAGGAGGUCGCAGGCACAGCUCGCCGGGCGGAUCGCGAGGUAAUCCCAGGGAUUACGGCCAUCACCUGCAUCCAGACAAUUUGGAAAGCGACGGGUGUUACGAGGGUAGCGACGCCGAGAUGAUCGGUAACGGGAGACGGGGAGCCGGCGGCGAGCGGGAUCGCGAUUUGGAGGAGGAUGACGAGCUCGGGAACAGGGAGGAGAGGGGCUCGGAGAGUGGAGGAGGUGGUGGGGGUUUCGGUGGUUGGAGGUCCCACUUGCUCGGUGGGCUAACGCAACGCGUCAAAUCCUGGUACUGGGGCGCCAGGCCCCUCGAGCUCGCGCAUAAGCUCUCGCGAAGCUUCGACAUGCAGGAGGCACAGCUGCUUGAAGAGGGUGGUUCCGGCGGCGGGCCCGCCGGAAGCGGAACAGCGGGGGGCCCACCGCGGCGGCAUCACAGCGUGCAACGACUGACUCGCAGCGAGAUGUCCGAGCGACGAGAAGAAGACGGCGCCCUGGUGGUGCCCGAUCAUCAGGGCAACCUGCGCAUCACCGUGAAAAAGACCAAAUCGAUUCUGGGCAUCGCCAUUGAAGGCGGCGCCAACACCAAGCACCCACUGCCCCGGAUCAUCAACAUACACGACAAUGGAGCAGCUUACGAGGCUGGCGGCCUCGAAGUCGGCCAGCUUAUCCUUGAGGUGGACGGUCAGAAAGUUGAAGGACUUCAUCACCAGGAGGUAGCGCGGCUGAUCGCCGAAUCAUUUGCACGCCGCGAUCGCAACGAGAUCGAGUUUCUGGUGGUGGAGGCGAAGAAGAGCAACUUGGAGCCGAAGCCGACGGCGCUCAUAUUCCUGGAAGCGUAGCAGGAAUCUCCCACCUCCGAGCCGGAACCACCGUAGCUCAGCUUGACCAAAGCUCGGCCGAUCUAGUCUCGGAGCUCGAGACUCGAGUCGAAAAACUAAUCAAAAGAGUCUGGAAGAGAUUUAACCUUGAGAGAGAUCUCUUCGGAUCCAAUUGCCGAGCUGUCGGUUAGCUGCUAAUUGAUUAACCUGGCCCUGGUGGUGGGAAUCCUACUUUACUUCACGAGUAACAACAUUUCCGCGAAGGAGAGAAGAGCGAAGAUAAGAAGAGGAAGGUGGUCUGUCUGGACCGGCGUUGCCAGAUUCUGAUAUUUCGACUCAUUGGAUGGCCGCUUUGGAAAACCCGUGGAAUCGUGCUAAUCGGGACAAGAAAGUCCAUGGAAAGUUCCUGGCACUCGGACCUUUUCUGCCCCUCGCGAUUGACUGGAGAUCGCGCGCGAACGAGAGUUAACUCAACGUGUAAAUACAUACAUACCGCUAUUGUACAUAUUCUUACAACAGACAGUUCGAUAGAAGAAGCAAAUUACAAGUCGUAUAUGUCACGAGGGGGAACUCCGAGGAUCCCCGGCAACGCCGAUCCCGAUCUCAUAUCGGAACUUAAUUCACCAAAUCAAUUGCGCGUCAUCGUCGCGAUGCAGCGAAAUGCCGAGAAUGCAUGCGGGAUUAUUUUUCGCAAGACCUCGAAGAGAUAAAAAGGAAGGAAGAUUAUAUAUAUAUAUUUUAUUUUUCAUCAUCGCUGGUUAUUUCGAGGAAUAAAAAAUAGGAAGUAUCGCGCAAUGUGCCAAACUAACUAUCGCAAGCCGUAUAUUAAUAAAAUUGUAUAAUCGAAUAAGAGAUUGAUUUGGAAAGAAAGGAGAGGAGAGAAAUAAAUUUUAAGGGAAACGCGUAAAGAGCAGAAAAUAUGUGAGAAAAUGCAACGAGAGAGAAUGCGGACCUACAUGCUCAUAGUGUAGCUGCGUGAACGAUUACCUCACAGAUACACUCAUAGACAAAUACACACACACAUACAUAUACACAAUAUUCACUUUUAACACGAAUAUUAUAAUCGCGCGAGAGAUUCGAGUUUUGACGACGCAAGUUCGUGUCGACUCGAGCAGAGAUUAAUUAAUCGCGACGUUGAUUAUAUAUAUAUAAUUAUGAGAGUUAUGGCAGACAUUUGUAUUCAAAAGGUAGAAGGAUGCAAGUCUUAAAGGAUGCAAGUCCUUCACUUCAAGAAAUGCUUCGAAAAGUUCCGAAAUUACGUCCGCGCGAUUUAUUGAAGUAAACUUGAGAUUUUAUAUACAUUAAAUAAUAUAGUUAAAUAUAUAAGCCAAGGAAAUUGAAUGACAUUGAAUCAAAUACGAAAAAUGGAAUAGAAUAUAAAAUUUGCGCUUUCGAUUUAUAAAACUCCGAUUUAGACUUUGGAUUUAUUUCUGAUAAUUGUGGACUCGCUUCUUUCUGCUUCCUGGAUACGAUUAAGUUGAUCAAGAUUCUCGUUAAUUUGAGUGAUUAGGUGUCAUUCGGCUGGCUCUCGAAAUUGCGCCUAAUAACGCUUACUAGUCUAUUAAAUGUUACUGUAUAGAUUAACGUUGACGUAGUUGAUAGGCGUUGAUUCGUCGUUAGGACGUUACGCGUUGUUCGUUUAUUGCGUUGUCAGUUGUGUGUUAGAGAAUUUUUCUCCUCCUCUCGGGCACGUAAUAUAUUCGCGAACAAACGCAUACAAUUUAAUAGAAUUAUCUUGGCGUAAUUUUUCAUAUUAAAAUUUAUUAAAAUCUCAAAUGAAGAAUAAAAUAUUCUAUUAUAUUAAUUUUUUUAAAUUAAUCUGUCAACGAUGGUUUUAAUUUUCCUAUUAAAAUGUCUUUCUAAAUUAUCAUUCUUCCUAGUUUGAUUUUUAAUAUUCGUCACGGAAGAAUUGAAUCGCUGAAAUUAAAAAAUCGAAUUAAUAUUUAAUUAAAAUUAAAGAAUAGAAAAGAUAAGUCAUUUUUAUACAUCUUGUAUACGCGACGGAUAUAUGGCGAUCCGAGAGAAAGGGUUAAUAAUAAUAUUUUUUUCACUAUCGAGUAUAGCCGAAAUACGUCGAUGAUCGUCAUCCAAGUGGAAUUAACGACGAUCUUGAUCGAGAUCGAAAUGAUUGUUACAUUGCGGACGUUGUUAAGGCUUAAAAGAAAUAUAUUACUCACGUACACACUAUGUACACACAUAUUUAUAUACAUGUACAUAUAAGUAUUAUGGUAUGAAAACUACCGUAGUGCAAUUGCAAAUCGUACCUAUCUAUUAGGCGUCUCAAGCGUCUCGCGCCGCGCCAAGGGGAAAUAAUUUUAAAAAUAAAAAGAAAAUUUAAGAAAUAAUAAAAGCGUACACGCGCGGUAUUUUCAAAGAGAAACUAUAAAAAAUUAGAGGUGCAUACAACAUAAUAAAGGCCUGAUCGACUUCGAGUUCAAGCAAGGAGAAAUCGCGGACGACCUUGCGCGACGAGAAUCUCGGGAAAAAGUUCCUCGACAAAUUUAUCAUCUUCUAGAAAAAGCACUGCUUUUAAAUAAAAUAACAUAAAUAUCUUUUAUAUUUUAUUUUCAUAAAAUUAAGAGCGUUACUUUAAAUACUUUUAUUAUUGCGAAUUUUUGUGCGAAUUUGACUUACUUGUAGGUGAGAGAGAAAAGGAAAAGAUUAAAUUACUGAAAAAAGAUUCCAUUAUAUUUUUUUUUCUUUUGCUAUUACGAAUUACUAAUAAUCACAAUAUGCGAAAAAUCAAAGUUUUCUCCUUUUCUUCAAGUCGGAAAAAUUUAUUUAAGCAACAAGAUGCGUUUCAUUCUCGCAAAUAUGUAUUAUUCCGAUGAAUAGAUGCAAAUCGCGAAAUAAUUCGAAUAACUGAACCACGAAGAUAUCAAAACUAUUAAGUAUUUUAUAUUCAUAUGGAUAAGUGAGAAAGAGAAAAAAAAUGGGUAGUAAUGAAAUAUGUAUUUUAAUACGAUAAUUGCUCAUCCCAGAAAACAACUCGCUCGUCCGCGAUUUCCUUCAUUAAAACAAAAAUAAAAAGUUAAAACUGUAGAAUAUAUGCGUGCGAGCAAUUGUGCUGUUGUACGAAUGCCAAAUCGAGCCACAAGCGAAGCAAAGGGAAAUACUCAACUACAGUAUCUAGACGAUUAAUCUCUUCACACAUGACUGCAAUACAUAUAUUAUAUACAUAUAAAUUCUAUACAUUUUUUCACGAGCGAGUUUGCAUACAAAAUAUAAUUAAAAUUUUAAUUGUUUUUAUUAAAUAUAUAGUUAAAUAUUAAAAUCAAAAUUAAAUUAACAUUAAACUUGAAUUAAAUUAAAUUUGAGACAAGAGAUUUAAAACUUUUUUCAUUAUACUUGAAUAAAUGUAAUUCGUACAAGAAUUAUUUUUUUGUUUUUACGCUGUAAUAAAUAUUUAAUUUCGUCACUAAAAAAAAAUCGAGAAACACACACACCCACACACAUGUGUGUCGUAAGAGAUUAAUAAUCAAAGGUUUCAGCAAAUGUGCCAAAAAGUUUCCGCUUAAUUAUACCGAUCAAUGAUAAUGGCGGUUUCAACUGGUAUCGUCACGUCGGAAAAGAAGAAGGAAGGCAACAAUAAGUCGAGAAGAAUUUCCCAGAGCAUACUCAAAUCUUUUCUUGGCUAUUCUUUUGUAGCACACGCACACAAGAGUAUAACAAGUCCCUUUAAUCACUAUGUCGCAGGUGAGAAGAUAAGCUAGAAAUAUUGAGAAAGGAAACUAAAAGCGAGAUACGAGCUCACAAGAAAGCCGAGUUUGCGCUUCUCAUUUCCUUUCGAUCGAUCGAGAGAGAGAGAGAGAGAACAAAAGAAUAAUAAUUUGUCUCUUGUUAAAUUAAGACGAGAAUUAUUCGAAAGGAUCCAAGCAUCGGAAACUCGAAAGACGAGAAAGGACGUGGGGUGGCUCGAGGAUUUCGAAAAGCGACGGGGAAAAAGCACUAUAAGAGGGGACUUGACAGAUUAAAUAAGAUGAGAUAUUUUUGUAAAGCUUUCGAUGUACCGCAAUCCCAGAAAAAUCUUUCAAAGAUCUCAGCUGACAUAUCCGAUAAUGCCUUAUCGCUUUUAAAAAUCGAGAACUAUUCAAGGGAACGCGCUAUGCGAGAAGGAUAAAGAACCGAAAUUAUGAGACACACCUGAUACACCUUGACCCUGAUCCAUUUCCCGCCUUCCGAGAGAAACAAAAUCGCGAGACACUCGGUAGCGCUUAAAAAUUAUCAUACAUGUAUAAGAAUACAGUAAAUCAUUAAAAAUAUCUUUUCUUUUUCAAGACUUUUUCGUUUUUUUUUUAAAUCUUCAAUUAUAAAGUUAAAGAAAGAUUUAAGAAAAAGAUAGCAGUAGAUAAUUAAAACAAUGCGAUGUAAAAAAAGAGAGAUUAAAUUGCGCAAUAUACCAGCAUUAAACAGAGUAUUAAUUAAUUAGCGUCGCUGACUUCUAGCUAACUCUAUUUAUUUUCGCACGCAUGCAAGCAUGAGACUUUCGAUCUGCGAAACUAUGUUUAAAGCUAUAUUUACGCACUAAUUAAGCUGUGCUCGAAAUUUCGCCCCGAGUGAGCUCUUAUAAUAUUUUUUAAUCGAUAGUUUUCUCACAUGAAAGUAGAUGGUCUAAUUUUUCUGAAUUUUCCUCAAAAAUCUCCUUUAAGUAAAAUAUAGCUAUAUAUUUAAAAUUGUGUGUGGGAGCUAUUUUCGCGAUGUAAUAUAUUCCAAGAUUUACACGAUAAAUUAUUUAAUUACAUUAAUGCGCUCCUGUACUUUUUAAUAAAAUAACAUGUUAAAGUUUCCCCGACUAAGUCCCUGAUUCUAAUGGCUUUAAAUUGCGUAAUUUCUUAUUCUUCAUAUAAAAGAUCAAAUCCAAGAUAUCUCAUAUAAUGUGUUAUUAUUAUUCAAUGAUUGGAUAUAAAACCGAGCGACAAUUAAAAAGUCUCGCGUAAUUCCUACCACUUAUUUACUUUUAUUGCAAUUCGACGAAAGAAAGAGAGAGAGAGAGAGAAGCAUUAAAAGAAAUAUAACGUUAUCAUGUCACACGGGAGAUAAUUUUUUCUUAUUGAUUUAUUCAAUAUUAAAAUUUAAUAAUUUGUUUGAACCAGAAAAGUAAUGAUAAUUUCUUUCUUAUUGUUAUCUACAACUCGUCGUGAUAAGAGUCAUAAGAAUUUGCGUGACACGGCAAUAGCGCGUCCCAUCAUUAAAACCGACACGUAAAAAAAAAAAAAAAUCAGUAUAAUUGUAAUCGUAAUUUACUAAUGUACAUACGUAAGAUCUCGUUCAUACGCGUUUCAUAGAUCAUCUCUUUUGCAAUCAAACUUAUGCAUCUCUGACAUAUACACGAUAACAUCUAUCCACUCAUGUACACAGACAGAGAGAUAUAUACAAGAUGCAUGGAUCAAAGCGAAAUCAAGCGCGUCGAAUUGCGUUAACUGAAUAAUUCGUCACUUUAUUGUACGCCUCGAGGAAAAAUGUUGUUGCAAAAAAAAAAAAAAAUAAUAAAUACGAGAAAAUAAAAUAAAUCACUUCACAUACACACGUAACAUGACCACAUGGAAUCACGUGCCAGAAGGCGAAUGUGACACGUGAAAGCGUAGCGCGUAGCUCACGGCAUGGCACGUGCGAGCGCGCGCUGCCAUUAUUAUUAUUGUUCUUAUCAUUAUGAUGAUUAUGGUGAUUAUUAUUACUACGAUGAUGACGUUUAUUAUUACUAUAAUUGAAUAAAACGUUCACCACGAGGA